UUGCAAGACAAAAGCAAAAGUAAGUCUAACUUCGAGGGCACGCCCUGAAGAAUCGCUAUGGGAUAUCAAUCAGCGUGAUAGAUAGAUAGAAAUCAGCCUGACCUCGUACGAGUUACCGCGCGAAAAACUCAAGUCGUUCAAGUAAAGUUUGAUCACUCGAUGGCCAAAGUGGUUCAUCCGGGAACGAUGGCUCUGGAUAUGAAAAUCAAGAGCCUGCUGUUGGAAACGCUGGAAGACCUGGGGCAGGAGGACUUCAGAACGUUCAAGUUUUAUAUGAACCUGCCCAAGAGGGUCAAAGAAAACGCAGACUGGAUUGACAUCACCGAACAGCUGAUGAACAGGCACGGCAAGAACGCGGGGGAGAAGACCAUCGAGAUUCUGGAGAAGAUCAACAACUACAACCUCUCCCAGAAGCUGCGCAACGACCUGGCACAAAUCACAGGUAGCAUCUCCUCAGUGGAUAACGAGCAGAUCGGCAAAUUCAAGCGGGAGCUGCAAGAGAACCUGCGGAAGAGCUACCUCAACGUUCCCAAGGGCAACACGGGGUACAGCCAGCAGGAGCCUCUGGAGAACGUCUACACUGAGCUCAACAUUAGCCGCGGCGUCGCCGGUCUCCCCAACAAGCAGCACGAGGUCCUUCAGAUGGAGAUGUGCGGCGUGGCCGAGGAGGAGUCCAUCCAGCCGUGCGACAUCUUCCAAAGCCAGGAGCCCCUUCGCACGAUGCUCACCGUGGGCUUCGCGGGUAUCGGGAAGACUUUCCUGGUGCGCAAGUUUGUCCUGGACUGGGCCAGCGGGGAAACCAACACAGACGUGGACUUCAUCUUUCCCUUCACCUUCCGCGAGUUGAACUUGGAGGAGGAGAAAAGCUUUUCGCUGGCGGAGCUCAUCCGACUCUUUGUCUGGGAGAGCAAGGCCAUCAAGAUGCUGGACCACAUCUUGGUCAGUCUGCAAGAGUCGGCCAACCGCCACUACCAGUCCAGCGAGAUCAAGAUAUUGUUUGUGCUGGACGGCCUGGACGAGUCCCGCCUCAAACUGGACCUGAACGACGAGCGCAAGGUGGACCCGGACGUGACCCGAGCCUACCCCGUGGAGGUGCUCCUGGCGCAUCUCAUCAAGGGGAACCUGCUUCCCUGCGCCCGGGUUUGGAUCACCACGCGGCCCCAGGCGGCCCACGACAUCCCGCCGCGCCUGGUGGACGGCAGAACCGAGGUGAAAGGCUUCAGCGACUCCCAGAGGCUGGACUACUUCAGGAAGAGGUUCCCCGCCGAGGAGGACGUCAUCAAGCACAUCCAGAAGUCCCGCACCAUUUUCAUCAUGUGCCACUUGCCCAUCUUCUGCUGGCUCACCGCCACCGUUCUCCAAGACUGUCGGGAUGCCGGAAAGGAGCUGCCCGAAACCCUGACCGAGAUGUACACAGAGUUCCUGCUCUAUCACCUGGACAAGUCCAAGGAGCGAGACAGCCGGAAGAGCACGGAGUACGUCAAAGCGCUGGCCAAGCUGGCUUUUCAGCAGCUGAUGAAAAAGCAACAGAUCUUCUACGAGAAGGACUUGCGGAAAAGCGGCUUGGAUUACCUGCAGGGCGCAAAACACUCGGGAGUCUUCACCGUGGUCUUCAAGGAGGUACCCCCGCUCAAGAAAUACCAACAAGGCAAGAUGUUUCAGUUCAUCCACCUGACCGUCCAGGAAUAUCUGGCCGCUCUCUACGUGAUGAUGAGCCUGUUCCAGGACAACAAGAACGUGCUGGAUGUUUCCAGGUUGAGGGGGAAACGCCUCCUGUUGUUUUGGAAGCGGAAGCCGCUCGCUGAAGUCCAUGAGGCGGCCAUCCACAAAGCCUCCGAGAGUGAGGGAAACCUGGACUUGUUCCUCCGCUUCCUGCUGGGCCUCUCCUUGCAGUGCAACCAGGAUCUCCUGGGUGAGCUGCUGAAGGUUCCCAAGAACUACAGACACAGCAACGCAGAAACGGUCCGCUUGAUCAAGCGACGGAUCGAGCGGAAUUCUCCCGAGGAGAACAUCAACUUGUUCUACUGCCUGAAGGAGCUGAAGGACGAGUCCCUGCUGGACCAGAUCCAAAAAUACCUCAAAGGGGGGAAAUUGUCCACGGAGGACCUACCUCCGGCCAUGUGGUCGGCCCUGGUCUUCUUCUUGCGGGCUUCCGACGAAGCCAUGAGCUGCUUCGAUCUCCGGAAAUACGCUCCGUCCGAGAAGGGGCUCCUGAUGCUGCUGCCGGUGGUCAAGGCUUCUCGAAAAUCAGUGCUCUAUCGCUGCCAGCUGAGCAAGAAAAGCUGCGAGGCGCUGGCCUCCGUUCUAAGCUCGCCCGGCAGCCUGAGGGAGCUGGAUCUCGGCUGGAACGACUUGCGUGACGACGGGCUGGAGGCGCUCGCCGCCGGACUAGCAAAGCCGCAGUGCACCUUGCAAGUUCUCAUGCUCGAGAUCUGCAAGCUGAGCAAGAAAAGCUGCGAGGCGCUGGCCUCCGUUCUAAGCUCGCCCGGCAGCCUGAGGGAGCUGGAUCUCGGCUGGAACGACUUGCGUGACGACGGGCUGGAGGCGCUCGCCGCCGGACUGGCAAAGCCGCAGUGCACCUUGCAAGUUCUCAGGCUCGAGAGCUGCAACCUGAGCAAGAAAAGCUGCGAGGCGCUGGCCUCCGUUCUAAGCUCGUCCCGCACCCUGAGCCAUCUGGAUCUCAGCGAGAACAAAUUGUGCGACCACGGGGUGGAGGCGCUCGCCGCCGGACUGGCAAAGCCGCAGUGCACCUUGCAAGUUCUCAAGCUCGAGAACUGCAAGCUGAGCAAGAAAAGCUGCGAGGCGCUGGCCUCCGUUCUAAGCUCGCCCGGCAGCCUGAGGGAGCUGGAUCUCAGCCAGAACAAAUUGUGUGACGACGGGCUGGAGGCGCUCGCCGCUGGACUGGCAAAGCCACAGUGCACCUUGCAAGUUCUCGUGCUCUGGAACUGCAAGCUGAGCAAGAAAAGCUGCGAGGCGCUGGCCUCCGUUCUAAGCUCGCCCGGCAGCCUGAGGGAGCUGGAUCUCGGCUGCAACGACUUGUGUGACGACAGGCUGGAGGCGCUCGCCGCCGGACUGGCAAAGCCGCAGUGCACCUUGCAAGUUCUCAAGCUCGAGAGGUGCGAGCUGAGCAAGAAAAGCUGCGAGGCGCUGGCCUCCGUUCUAAGCUCGCCCGGCAACCUGAGGGAGCUGGAUCUCAGCAGCAACGGCUUGUGUGACGACGGGCUGGAGGCGCUCGCCGCCGGACUGGCAAAGCCGCAGUGCACCUUGCAAGUUCUUGAGCUCCAGAACUGCGAGCUGAGCAAGAAAAGCUGCGAGGCGCUGGCCUCCGUUCUAAGCUCGUCCCGCACCCUGAGCCAUCUGGAUCUCGGCUGGAAUGACUUGCACGACGACGGGCUGGAGGCGCUCGCUGCCGGACUGGCAAAGCCGCAGUGCACCUUGCAAGUUCUCGGGCUCAUGGGGUGCCAGCUGAGCAAGAAAAGCUGCGAGGCGCUGGCCUCCGUUCUAAGCUCGCCCGGCAGCCUGAGGGAGCUGGAUCUCAGCGGCAACAAAUUUCACGACAACGACGGGCUGGAGGCGCUCGCCGCCGGACUGGCAAAGCCGCAGUGCACCUUGCAAGUUCUCAGGCUCCGGAGCUGCAAGCUGAGCAAGAAAAGCUGCGAGGCGCUGGCCUCCAUUCUAAGCUCGUCCCGCACCCUGAGGGAGCUGGAUCUCAGCUGGAACGACUUGCACGACCACGGGCUGGAGGCGCUCGCCGCCGGACUGGCAAAGCCGCAGUGCACCUUGCAAGUUCUCAGGCUGGUGCGGUGCAAGAUCGGCACACGAGGAUGCGUCUCACUGGCCAAGGCUCUCCGGUCCAACCCUUCCCACCUCCAACAGCUGAACCUGAGGGGGAAUAACAUCGGAGAGGAAGGAAAGCGGGCCUUGGAGGAGGUCCAAAUGGAUUCUCGCUGCAGUCUGAAGGUUCAUGCGGGAACGAUGGCUCUGGAUAUGAAAAUCGAGGACCUGCUGUUGAAAACGCUGGAAGACCUGGAGCAGGAGGACUUCAAGAAGUUCAAGUAUUAUAUGGACCUGCCCAAGAGCAAAAAAGAAAACGCAGACCGGAUUGACAUCGCCGAACAGCUGACCAACACGCACGGCAAGAACGCUGUGGCGGAGACCAUCGAGAUUCUGGAGAAGAUCAACAACUACAACCUGGCCCAGAAGCUGCGCAACGACCUGCCGCAAAUCACAGGUAGCAUCUCCUCAGUGGAUAACGAGCAGAUCGGCAAAUUCAAGCGGGAGCUGCAAGAGAACCUGCGGAAGAUCUACCUCAACGUUCCCGAGGGCAACACGUGGUACAGCCGGCAGGAGCCUCUGGAGAACGUCUACACCGAGCUCAACAUUACCCGCGGCGUCGCCGGUCUCCCUGACAAGCAGCACGAGGUCCUUCAGAUGGAGAUGUGCGGCGUGGCCGAGGAGGAGUCCAUCCAGCCGUGCGGCAUCUUCGAAAGCCAGGAGCCCCUUCGCACGAUGCUCACCGUGGGCUUCGCGGGCAUCGGGAAGACUUUCCUGGUGCGCAAGUUUGUCCUGGACUGGGCCAGCGGGAGAACCAACACAGACGUGGACUUCAUCUUUCCCUUCGCCUUCCGCGAGUUGAACUUGGAGGAGGAGAAAAGCUUUUCGCUGGCGGAGCUCAUCCGACUCUUUGUCUGGGAGAGCAAGGCCAUCAAGAUGCUGGACCACAUCUUGGUCAGUCUGCAAGAGUCGGCCAACCGCCACUACCAGUCCAGCAAGAUCAAGAUUUUGUUUGUGCUGGACGGCCUGGACGAGUCCCGCCUGAAACUGGAUCUGAGCGACGAGCGCAAGGUGGACCCGGACGUGACCCGAGCCUACCCCGUGGAGGUGCUCCUGGCGCAUCUCAUCAAGGGGAACCUGCUUCCCUGCGCCCGGGUUUGGAUCACCACGCGGCCCCAGGCGGCCCACGACAUCCCGCCGCGCCUGGUGGACGGCAGAACCGAGGUGAAAGGCUUCAGCGACUCCCAGAGGCUGGACUACUUCAGGAAGAAGUUCCCCACCCAGGAGGACGUCAUCAAGCACAUCCAGAAGUCCCGCACCAUUUUCAUCAUGUGCCACUUGCCCAUCUUCUGCUGGCUCACCGCCACCGUUCUCCAAGACUGUCGGGAUGCCGGAAAGGAGCUGCCCGAAACCCUGACCGAGAUGUACACAGAGUUCCUGCUCUAUCACCUGGACAAGUCCAAGGAGCGAGACAGCCAGAAGAGCACGGAGUACGUCAAAGCGCUGGCCAAGCUGGCUUUUCAGCAGCUGAUGAAAAAGCAACAGAUCUUCUACGAGAGCGACUUGCGGGAAAGCGGCUUGGAUGACCUGCAGGGCGCAAAACACUCGGGAGUCUUCACCGUGGUCUUCAAGGAGGUACCCCCGCUCAAGAAAUACCAACGCAAGAUGUUUCAGUUCAUCCACCUGACCGUCCAGGAAUAUCUGGCCGCUCUCUACGUGAUGAUGAGCCUGAUCCAGGACAACAAGAACGUGCUGGACGAUUCCGGGUGGACGGUCCUGUCGUUUCGGAAGCGGAAGCAGCUCACUCGGGUACAUGAGGCGGCCAUCCGCAAAGCCUCCGAGAGUGAGGGAAACCUGGACUUGUUCCUCCGCUUCCUGCUGGGCCUCUCCUUGCAGUGCAACCAGGAUCUCCUGGGUGAGCUGCUGAAGGUUCCCAAGAACUACAGACACAGCAAGGCAGAAACGGUCCGCUUGAUCAAGCGACGGAUCAAGCGGAAUUCUCCCGAGGAGAACAUCAACUUGUUCUACUGCCUGAAGGAGCUGAAGGACGAGUCCCUGCUGGACCAGAUCCAAAAAUACCUCAAAGGGGGGAAAUUGUCCACGGAGGACCUACCUCCGGCCAUGUGGUCGGCCCUGGUCUUCUUCUUGCGGGCUUCCGACGAAGCCAUGAGCUGCUUUGACCUUGGGCAUUACGCUCCGUCCGAGAAGGGGCUCCUCAUGCUGCUGCCGGUGGUCAAGGCUUCUCGAAAAUCACUGCUCCGGAACUGCCAGCUGAGCAAGAAAAGCUGCGAGGCGCUGGCCUCCGUUCUUACCUCGUUCCGCACCCUGAGCCAUCUGGAUCUCAGCUUCAACGACUUGUACGACGACGGGCUGGAGGCGCUCGCCGCCGGACUGGCAAAGCCGCAGUGCACCUUGCAAGAUCUCAGGCUCCUGCACUGCAAGCUGAGCAAGAAAAGCUGCGAGGCGCUGGCCUCCGUUCUAAGCUCGCCCGGCAGCCUGAGGGAGCUGGAUCUCAGCUGGAACGACUUGCACGACCACGGGCUGGAGGCGCUCGCCGCCGGACUGGCAAAGCCGCAGUGCACCUUGCAAAAUCUCAGGCUCUGGGGCUGCAACCUGAGCAAGAAAAGCUGCGAGGCGCUGGCCUCCGUUCUAAGCUCGCCCUGCAGCCUGAGGGAGCUGGAUCUCAGCUGGAACGACUUGCGUGACGACGGGCUGGAGGCGCUCGCCGCCGGACUAGCAAAGCCGCAGUGCACCUUGCAAGUUCUCAGGCUCUAUCGCUGCCAGCUGAGCAAGAAAAGCUGCGAGGCGCUGGCCUCCGUUCUAAGCUCGUCCCGCACCCUGAGCCAUCUGAAUCUCAGCUGCAACUGUUUGUGUGACGACGGGCUGGAGGCGCUCGCCGCCGAACUGGCAAAGCCGCAGUGCACCUUGCAGUUUCUCAGGCUCUAUCUCUGCAACCUGAGCGAGAAAAGCUGCGAGGCGCUGGCCUCCGUUCUAAGCUCGCCCGGCAGCCUGAGGGAGCUGGAUCUCGGCUACAACAACUUGCACGACCACGGGCUGGAGGCGCUCGCCGCCGGACUGGCAAAGCCGCAGUGCACCUUGCAAAAUCUCAGGCUCAUGGGGUGCCAGCUGAGCAAGAAAAGCUGCGAGGCGCUGGCCUCCGUUCUAAGCUCGCCCGGCAGCCUGAGGGAGCUGGAUCUCGCCUACAACGACUUGUGUGACGACGGGCUGGAGGCGCUCGCCGCCGAACUGGCGAAGCCGCAGUGCACCUUGCAAUUUCUCAGGCUGGUGCGGUGCAAGAUCGGCACACGAGGAUGCGUCUCACUGGCCAAGGCUCUCCGGUCCAACCCUUCCCACCUCCAACAGCUGGACCUGAGCUGGAAUGACCCCGGAGAGGUAGGAGAGCGGGCCUUGGAGGAGGUCCAAAUGGAUUCUCGCUGCAGUCUGAAGAUCAAGUGGUAGGUUCCAAACAUCUUC